AAGUAUAAAAUUGGCAGCCCAAGUAGGUGACGGCGAAAGAGUGAAUCCAAUUCGUUUCUCUCAUCUCCACACAGUAAUAGAGAGUUGUUUUUUUGCUUAUAUAGAUAGGAGCAUCAUGGGUUCUUCGUCGACGGACGCUUUUCCCCAAAUUCAGGACACUUUGAUGGAAUUUCGUGCUGGUAAAAUGCUUAUGGAGGGAAAAAAGGUUAUCCCUGAUUCACGGAAAGGACUUGUUCGUAUAGGCAGGGGUGAAGAGGGACUACUCCAUUUUCAGUGGCUUGACCGUAAUCUCAACAUUGUCGAAGAUGAUCAGAUUGUUUUCCCAGAGGAGGCAGUUUUUGAGAAGGUCAAUCAAUCAUCUGGAAGGGUUUACAUUCUGAAGUUCUGUACCGAUGAUAGAAGGCUUUUCUUUUGGAUGCAGGAGCCAGCAGCUGACAAUGAUGCACAGAUAUGUAGCUCAGUCAACUUCUACUUGAAUCAACCACUAGAGUUUCCUGGUGAAGAUGCGCCUGAAGCUUCAGCUCCAUUACCAAAUUCUGAAGAUAUGGUAGAAGAAGAUAUUUCAUCUAGGGCGGGAAAUUUGGUUAGUGCAAGCAUGAAUACUGAAGCAAGUAGCGAUGUAACGUCUUCAGGCCCAGUAAAGUUAUCUGAUCUUCAAAGAAUAUUGAGUAACAUAGGGUCCACAGAUGAAGCUGUAGAUCCUGAUGCAGGAUUGGGAUUGGGAGAUAUUUUGAGGCCUGAGCUCAUAUUACCACUGAUUGAGGAAAUACCACUGGAAGGACAACUAGCUUCACACUUGCCUGAGGGACAGUGGACACCAUAUGAAUUAAUGGAGUUACUUCAGAGUCCUCCGUUCCGCCAGCAACUAGACUCAUUUACUUAUGUUCUUCGAACUGGACAAAUAGAUCUGACUCAGUUUGGAAUUGAUCCAAGUCAGUAUAAGUUGACGGUUCCAUCUUUUCUUGAGGCCCUGGAAGAUUCUGUUUCCCGAGCAUCAGGAUCCAAUGAAUCAAGGCAGGAUGAGAAGGAUUUAAGGUCUCAAUCGUGUAACAGAAGUGAUCCCAUGGAUGAAGGCCAAUAAGAUAAACAGUGAAAAUCAUUACAAGAUGCUGUUGUGAAGUGGUCACAAUGUUGAUUCGCUUGUUUAUUUUUAGAUUAAAAGAAUUUAUUCCAGAUGAUGUGAACAUGUUACUUACUAGCACUGUAAAGAAGUACCUAUUCGGGGGUGGCAUUUCCUUUGUUUCUUGUCUCAAUUUUGUGUAAACAAAAAUUGUGUACUGUUCAUGUGAUAGACAUUAAGUCAUUCAAUUGUAUGAGUCCAUGUAUGAUGUUUAUUCAUGGGAUC